CGUUCGUCCUGCACGUAUACGCAAAUUCAAGAUCAACAUGGCGACGGAAGUGCACAAUCAAGGGCAAAACAAGCCAAAAACAAAAUUAAAACGUGGACUUGUUGAUGAUGAUUAUACUAGUGAUGAAGAAGUUCCUGAUAUUAAGCCGAAGAUAGAAAAAAUUGAUAGAAGUCGCCAUUGUCCUUACCUUGAUACUAUUGAUAGAACAGUUUUAGAUUUUGAUUUUGAAAAAUUGUGUUCUGUAUCAUUAUCUCACCUGAAUGUUUAUGCAUGUCUUGUUUGUGGCAAAUAUUUCCAAGGACGAGGACAGAAUUCACAUGCUUACACGCACAGUGUCCAUAUUGGUCAUCAUGUAUAUUUAAAUCUUCGUUCACUAAAGUUUUAUUGUCUACCAGAUAAUUAUGAAAUUAUUGACUCGUCACUUGAAGAUAUAAAGUACGUGCUGAAACCGACUUUUGGAAAAGAACAUAUUAAAUUACUGGACACUACAGGAAAAGUGUCAAGAGCAUUAAAUGGAAAUACAUACAUACCAGGUAUUGUUGGUCUUAAUAAUAUCAAAGCCAAUGAUUAUCUCAACGUGGUUUUGCAGGCGUUGGCAUUUGUUCCUCCAGUACGCAAUUACUUUCUUUGUGAUGAGAAUUAUAAGGAUACAAAACGACCACCUGGCGAUACCAUGUUUCCAUUAGUGCAAAGAUUUGGUGAAUUAGUUCGUAAAAUAUGGAACCCAAGAAAUUUUAAAACUCACGUUAGUCCACAUGAAAUGUUGCAAGCUGUGGUGUCUUGUAGCAAAAAGAAAUUCCAAUUUACAGAACAAGGUGAUCCUAUUGAGUUUCUCUCCUGGUUUUUAAACGGCAUUCAUCUUACAUUGAAUGGCACAAAAAAAGCUCGAAGUAGCGUCAUAUAUAAAUCUUUUCGUGGUGAAAUGAAACAGUGGUCAAGAAAACUUCCACAAACGGACGACAAGGCUUUAGAAGAGAAGAUUUUACAACAAGAGGAAUACAAAGAAACCGAACAGACGUUACCAUUUCUAUAUCUGACAUUGGAUAUACCUGCAUCUCCAUUAUUUAAGGAUGAAUUAGAACAGAAUGCUAUCCCACAGGUACCACUGAUAAAUCUACUGCAAAAAUUCAACGGUGUACAGGAAAAGGAAUAUAAAACUUAUUACGAUGUCACGGUGAAGAAAUUCGUGUUGACGAAGUUACCAAAAUAUCUCAUAUUGUUUAUUAAGAGGUUUACAAACAAUACGUUCUUUGUGGAGAAGAAUCCAACUAUAAUCAACUUUCCUGUCAAAGAUCUGGAUAUGAGCGAAUAUCUGUCAAGUGAGCCAUCGGUACAAGAAGCAAAUAAACAUAGAUGUUAUGAUCUCGUCGCAAAUAUCUCCCACGGAGGAGAGUUUAUAUCAGAUAAAAGAGAUUCUAGUAAAGGAACUUAUCAAGUGCAUGUAUUACACAAGGGUUCCAAACAAUGGCACGAAUUACAAGACCUGCACGUCAAGGAUAUUCUUCCUCCCAUGAUUACCCUUUCAGAAAGCUAUAUACAGAUAUGGGAAUUACAAAAAAAUUCUUCGAAGUAAACGGCUAUAAAAGUUGUACCGCUUUGAGACAAUGUCGUGGAGAUCAUUCGAACAAUGUCCAGACUGCUGUGCCAUGUAAUAAAUUUAUGUCCCGAAUAUAUCCGGAAAAUUCACUUAA